GUCACUGCCGGCUGGACGCCAUCUUGCUAGUUUGCGGCCGGAGUGGGAAGUGGUGGAGGCGGCGGCCGCGGCGAGGGCGUGGAGGAGGGUGGGGUGAGUAGGCGAGGCCGCGGCGAGGGCGGCGAAGUUCCCCUCCCCUAGGCCCUUCCGCGUGGGACGGCGUGGACGUGUUUUUGGAGGGAUGUCCGCCUUCUCUGAGGCGGCGCUGGAGAAGAAGCUGUCGGAAUUGAGCAACUCGCAGCAGAGCGUGCAGACCUUGUCCCUGUGGCUCAUCCACCACCGCAAGCACUCGCGGCCCAUCGUCACGGUGUGGGAGCGGGAGCUUCGGAAAGCCAAACCCAACAGAAAACUUACUUUUCUCUACCUAGCCAAUGAUGUCAUUCAAAACAGCAAAAGGAAGGGGCCGGAGUUUACAAAAGAUUUUGCACCAGUUAUAGUGGAGGCUUUUAAGCAUGUUUCAAGUGAAACUGAUGAAAGUUGUAAGAAGCACCUUGGAAGAGUGUUGUCUAUUUGGGAAGAAAGAUCUGUUUAUGAAAAUGAUGUAUUAGACCAACUUAAGCAAGCUCUGUAUGGUGAUAAAAAGGCUAGAAAGCGAACUUAUGAACAAAUAAAGGUGGAUGAAAAUGAAAAUUGUUCCUCUCUGGGAUCUCCAAGUGAACCACCACAGACUCUAGAUCUCGUUAGAGCAUUGCAAGACCUAGAAAAUGCAGCUUCAGGUGAUGCGGCAGUUCAUCAGAGGAUAGCUUCUUUGCCUGUUGAAGUCCAAGAAGUAUCCCUACUAGAUAAAAUAACAGAUAAAGAGUCUGGAGAAAGGCUUUCUAAAAUGGUAGAGGAUGCUUGUAUGUUGCUGGCAGAUUAUAAUGGCAGAUUGGCGGCAGAAAUAGAUGAUAGGAAGCAACUCACUCGAAUGUUAGCAGAUUUUCUUCGUUGUCAAAAGGAAGCCCUUGCAGAGAAAGAGCAUAAAUUGGAAGAAUACAAGCGCAAGUUAGCCAGAGUUUCCCUGGUGCGCAAAGAACUUAGGUCCCGGAUCCAGAGCCUACCAGAUUUAUCUCGAUUACCCAAUGUCACUGGCAGCCACAUGCACCUGCCCUUUGCAGGGGACAUCUACAGUGAAGAUUGAUGACCAUUCUCUUUCCAGGACCCAAGACUUUGCAAGAGAUGGAGACAAGUUAGGUGGAUAGUCCUGUAGCGUUAUUUUUGUAUACUGUUCAGAGAGUGAUGCUAACAAAAGAAACACGUAAUUUAUAAAAUUGUUUAAAAUGUUGGUUUGUUUACUAUUUUAUUAGUAAGUUAACAUGACUUAGUUUAAACAAAGUGAUGAUCUGUGUAUUAAUAAGCUCACAAAUAGUGAUUAUUUUCAAAAGAUCUUUUUGUAAAUUUUUUUGAUCCAAGGCCUUGUGAAAACUUUCAUGUUUCUAUUUCUUCAUGUAUUUUCAAUUGUUUUUCUUUAUUGUUUUCAGUAUCUAAUCACUGUAUGCUAUCUAAUUACUAAAGGGGAAGAACUAAUCAGGCGUUGGUUGAGACUUUAUUAUGGUAUAGUUAGGACUUGAUUAUAGAAGAAACUGAAUGUUCCAACUUAAUCUCCACCUUUCUCCCCAACCCAAAUACUAGUUUUGUGCCUCUCCAUGCCUUUGAUCCCUAGAGGCCAGCAAUUUAACACUAAACACGGGCACCAACUGAAGGGUCAGAGCAGAACCUUAGAGAACUUUACCACAGUAGCAGUCCAUUCCAUCUGCCAGUGUAGAGUAAAUACAUGUUAAGCAGGGAUUCCCUUGGUUACACUGUUUAGCAUUAUUUGAGUACAUUAAUAUGAAAAAGCUUCGGAAAUGUUACAAAUUUUGACACUACCAAGAGAAUUAACUUUGGUUCUGGAGCUGAUUUAUACUUAACAAAUCAGUCUUUUAAUGUAAUUGAUCCUAUUAAUUUAAAAAAUUCAUGUAUGGAAUUAAACCUAAAAGAAUGAUACUUUUAUUAUUCCAUCAACCAUAUAACUUAAAAACAAUAGUAUUUUUUAGCUCUGAUAGUUCUAGAAUGCAGUAUUCAUUACCAUUUAGUAAAGUAGUCUGGAACAUUUUUUAUGUUUCUGUAGGGUUUUUGAGUGACUGUAUAUUUGGAAAUUAAGCAGUGCCACACUACAGGGUAGAUCUGGUAAAUUUUAUAUUUGUAUCUUUACAGAUGUAAAUACAAAACAAAUGUACUUUUACCUUUUAUUUCUAACCUUGUGUGUUAGUGCAGUUGCAUGCUCUCCAGUUUUCUUUUUAAGUCACAUUGUUAAGCUGUGAAUUUGUCUUUAAUAAUAACUUAGGAUAAAUAUUUUUCUCAUUGCUUUACAUAUUAAACAUGUCUCAUUGUAAGCAGAUUCAAAUUAGAUAAUAAAACAUCUUUUAAAUCCCACAAAGCCAGUUAUAUUUCACUACUCUGAAUGGUUUCACUCGUUUUUUUUUCCCCUUCAGUAUCAGAGAUUAAGAUUCAAAUAAAUUUACAUGUGAAGGAAAAGGCAUAUAUUUGUUAAUAGCCAGUAGUUAUAGAAACAGUGCUUUUACUAAUGUGACCUCUCCAAAACAGAGAUACAUGUAGUAGUCCUGAACCAUAUACGUCUUAUAUUCCAAAGUGUUUCAGAGGAUACGUUUUCUCACAGAAACAACAGUAGUUGGGUUCCCUGUGCAUACUACCGCUGAAAGCGCAUGUGGGAACCUAAUCCACCUAACCAUGAAUGUAUUUAACUUACAAUAUGGUUGAUAAAUUACUCAUGGUAGACCUUGGCCAAUAUUUGUAACAUCACUCUAAGGGGAUUGUGUGUGGCAGCCAAACUCCACAUGGGGGUGGCUGCCUGUGCUGUGUACCUCUAUCUCUAGGUGUAAGAAAUAGAAGAAAUAUUUCAGCAGAGGGGAGGAGGAGAUAACAAAUACAGUUAGAAAACCUGCUUACAUCUCUUAAGAAAGUAUACUGUUUUUGUUGUUGCUAAUGUGAAAGCAAACACUUGUAUGUUAACUUAUUUUCCAUAUCUUGACCUUAUUUAUGAUCUGCUGAAGUGAUUUGUCCAUUCAAUAUAUAUAUAUAUACAUACAUAUAUUUUCCAUUUAAAACUAAUUUAUAAACUAUGUACUUGUGGGAAGAUUUGAAAUCUUUUAGGAGUUUGUUGGCAUAUUUUCACCGUUAAAGACAGACUUCUGACUUAGAUACUGAUUUUAAUGCCAGUAUCUGCUCUAAAUAUUUAUGAUAAAAAUGCAUUAUUUUUUUAAAGAGCUUGAUGAGAUUUGUGAUAAGUGAUAGUACUCAAGAAUCUGAAUCCCACUCCUUGAUCAGUCCUCCACCAACUUCAGUUGGGUAGCUCCCUAACUGAACAUAAAUAAUAUAGUCUGUUUUAGAAGUCAUGUUCUCAGCCUUAUGAUAGUUAGCUUUUAGUAAGCCUUAGCAGUAAAUAGUCUUCCUUCCUAAAAGAAAGACUAAAUUUUCACAGUAAAGGGGGUUAGUUAGAUUGGGGUACUGUAAUACCAAAUUCUUAAUCAUGAGCAUUUUCAUCAUUGUGUACCUGAGGCAAAUCAUGCAACUGAGUGUGGUUUGGCCUGGCCCCUCAAUUGAAAAGCAUGUCACCAUACCUGCAUGAGGGGUACUAUGCUUUGAAUGGAUACCAUCACUCUUUUCUCCAUAAACAGUGCAGAUUGCUGUCCUGAGUGGCAGUUUGUUUGAACAGAUUCCCUGAUGCUCCCUCCACUCCUUCCUUCCUUCACUACGGUAAGUAAAAGAAUCUUAGUGAGGAACUGGGAGUCUGAGAAAAUGGAUUGUGCUCAGUACCAACCUCCCUAUGAGGAAAACCAUUCCAGAUGCAGCUAUUUUGGUAACCUUUUCCACAUGCACUCUGAAUCAGGGUUUUUCUAUUAGAAAUCCUUAGGAAUCAGCAAAAGCUGGAAUGACCCAGUCACCUUGAUUUGCAAAAUUAAAAGAACAAACAUAGGUUUUUAGUUUUUACUGUAAAGGAGCAACUCAUCUUUUCACAGUAUAGUUACUGAACUGGUUCUGACACCUGUUAAGAGAGAAAAAUUUCAAAAGUAAAUUUUAGGGAAAGUUAAAAGGUUCUUUCUGAAUUUUCCAUUCUAAAAAUUUAUAUAAUGUGGAAUAAUAUAAGCUACUAAACUACUUAGUAUUCUAUUAAGAAAUAGCUCCUCAACAUGUAGUCAUGUUUCAUAAUUGUUGCACUAUAUCAAAGCUUUUUAAAGUGUACACCCAGUUCUUCUGUGUAUAGAAAGGGAACAUUGCGUUACUUAAUGAAUUUAUUUAUACAGAGUAUUUGUUGACAACUCUUAAUUCCAGCCAUCCACACUGUUCUGAGGUGGCAAUAGCACAUGGGAAGAUGAACUCUCCCUGUUUGUUUAUCCUUUUUUCUUUGGCUGUAUCUGAUGACAGUAUAAAUGUUAUUAAUAAAGUUUUAUGUUCUUUUUGAA